CUCGGCGAGUCACGACCUUGAUGGUGGAUCUUUUUAACAGGGCGCUGUGCCCUGCCUGGCAAGUUGGCCAGUUUGAGGGGGAUGGCAUGCCCCGCACGCAGGCUUCCUAUUGGCCGAUGACCGAGGCCUUGGGAAGCACCUUCACUGGCCGGCCUAACCUUCUUCAGGUUUUCAAGGGAGUCCCUGCUGGAGCAGCGUUGAAGAGAAAAUGGCCGAUGGUGUCUUGAGUAACGGACUCACGGGGGUAGAUGGACACCGCGUCAACAGUAUCACAGAUUCUUUCUCCACCCUCAUCAUUGAUUCUACCAAGGACCCACACGGGAGUGGACCCUCAGACGCACCGCAACAGCCACAAGCAGAGCCUCCCGCCAUAGCGCUGAAGCCCCAGGGGGUCGCCGCCGCCGCUCUGGCCCCGGCCGAGCAGUUGUGGAACACCGUAAAGGAGGGGGCUGUCCGCUUGAGGAUGGAGGAGUCGGGGCCGGCCGCCGACACCCCCGUCACGGUGCACCAGAUGUUCCUGGAGACAGUGCAGGGCUUUGGGGGGCACCCGGCCCUGGCGUACAAGAAGGACGGACAGUGGGAGACCGUCACGUGGAGGCAGUACUACCAACAGUGCAGAGCAGCGGCUAAGAGCUUCAUCAAGCUGGGCCUGGAGCGCUACCACGGGGUGGGCAUCCUUGGCUUCAAUUCCCCCGAGUGGUUCAUCGCCAAUGUGGGCUCCAUUCUAGCCGGGGGUCUGGCGACGGGAAUUUACGCCACCAAUGGACCUCAGGCCUGUUGUCAUGUGGCCAGUGACUCACAAGCUAACAUCUUAGUGGUGGAGAACCAGCAGCAGCUGGACAAAAUCCUGCAGGUAAAAGACCAGCUGCCGCAUCUCAAAGCCAUCGUCCAGUACAAAGGAGAAUUAAAGCAAAAGCUACCCUCUCUCUACACAUGGGCGGAAUUCAUGAGGUUGGGCGAGGACGUGCCCGAAAAGGACCUGGACGACUCCAUCGCACGCCUCCGCGCCAACGAAUGCUCCACCGUCAUCUUCACGUCGGGAAGCACUGGAGCCCCCAAGGGCGUCAUGCUGAGCCAUGACAACGUGACCUGGACGGCCCAGAGAGCAGGAGACAUGGUGGGCCUGCGCUAUGCCGAGGAGACCGUAAUCAGCUACUUGCCGCUCAGCCACGUGGCGGCUCAGCUCAACGACAUGUACCUCACCAUGAGGUUUGCAGCCACCACAUACUUUGCGGAACCCGACGCCCUCAAGGGAUCCCUGGUGACCACGUUAAAGGAGGUGUCCCCCACCACGUUCCUGGGCGUCCCUCGCGUUUGGGAGAAGAUGCAGGAGAAAAUGCAGGAAGCCGGAGCCAAGGCCAGCCCCUUCAAGAAGAGUGUGGCUGACUGGGCCAAGUCCAUCGGACUCAUGUACAACUACAGCGCCAUGCAUGGGGAGAACCGCGUACCGUGGGGCUUCACGCUGGCCAACCAGCUGGUGUUCAAGAAGGUCCGAGCAGCGCUGGGCCUGGAGUGCUGCAGGAUCUUGUUCACAGGCUCAGCCCCCAUCUCCAAGGAGACCCUGGAGUACUUUAUGAGCCUCAACAUGCCCCUCAUGGAGCUGUACGGCAUGAGCGAGAGCUCGGGGCCGCACACCGUCUCCACCAACACUGACUACCUCAUCUUCAGCUGCGGUAAAGUGAUGCCGGGCUCCAAAGUGAAGCUGGACAACCAGGACAAGGACAGCAAUGGGGAGAUCUGCUUCUGGGGGCGCAACGUCUUCAUGGGUUACCUCAACCUAAACGACAAGACCAGAGAGGCCCUGGACCAGGACGGAUGGCUGCACUCCGGUGACAUCGGAAAGUUCCAGAGAAACUUCCUCUUCAUAACUGGAAGGAUUAAAGAGCUUCUGAUUACCGCCGGAGGAGAGAACGUGGCCCCGGUGCCCAUCGAGAACGCUGUGAAAGCAGAGGCGCCCAUCAUCAGCAACGCCAUGCUGAUUGGAGACAGAAAGAAGUUCCUCUCUAUGUUCGUCACGCUCAAAUGCGUCAUGGACAAAGACGGCAAUCCCACGGACCAGCUGAGCCCAGAGGCCGUCAGCUUCUGCCAGAAUCUCGGUGUCACUGCCACCAAGGUGUCGGAGAUCAUCGGUAACAAGGAGCCCGCCGUCUACAAGACCAUCCAGGAGAGCGUGGAUCGAUACAACGCCACGGCCAUAGCAAGACCGCAGAGGGUACAGACGUUUGUCAUCCUGGAAAGAGAUUUCUCCAUCCCGGGAGGAGAGCUUGGACCCACCAUGAAACUCAGGAGGCCAAUUGUCAUCCAAAUGUACCAGGACAAAAUCAACGAGGUGUAUGCCGACUAGGAGCAAACGAAUAAACCACAAGGGUUGAUUAUAUUUAUAGUUUAAUGCACUUUUACUUUGUAAACAAAACCUCCCAAUCAUGGCCAAAGCCAUAGGUCACGUGACUACCGUAUUUUCACAACCAGAGGGUGCACUUAAAAGUCUUAAAUUUUCUCCAAAAUGGACGGGGCGCCUUAUAAUGCGGCGCGCCUUAUGUGUGCACCGAGUUCCAAAAUCUGUAAAUGCUGUUGUGUGACUUUGAUGAGCGCUACGCUUGACUGACUGGGAGCAUUUCCUGGCGACACACUGCUAAUAUAGAGAGAGGAAAGGCGGACGUGACUGAGGACAGCAUGCGGACGUUAAAGGGGGAAGGGUGCGCGUGAAAGAGGACGCUAAAGGCACACCACCAGUAGGUAUAUGGCGCCAGUAUGUGCAUUGUGCAAAAAAACAUCGGUUUGGCUAAGGACCACCGAAAACGGUACCUACGAAGAACCGUUUAAACUGCAAGCUAUCAGUUACGGGGAGGAAAAUGGGAAUCGAGAAGCUGCAAGAGAAUUCAAGAUCAACGAAUCCAUGGUUCGCAAGUGGAGGAAGCAGGAAAACGAGCUUCGCCAAGUCAAGAUGAAGCUGAGUUCCCGUGGAAACAAGGUGAGGUGGCCCGAGUUGGAAGACCAACUCGAGCAAUGGAUUAAUGAUCCAAGAAGAACCGGGAGAAGCGUCUCUACAGUCACCAUUUGACUGAGGGCAAUAACACUUGCAGAAGAAAUGAAAAUCGAACAUUUUCAAGGAGGUCCGUCUUGGUGCUUUUGUUUUAUGAAACGGCGCCACUAUCCAUCUAUCGCCGGGCGAGUUAGGCCACCAUGUGCGAAUGGAUUGUGGAUGCCCGGGCUAAGGUAUCUGCUUUGACUGUUGUCCGAGCUUUCGCGAAAGCCGACAUCAUUGCUGAGCAGCCCCCCGGCAACGAGACUGACUCCGACCGACAAUGACGAGAGGGAACCCGGCAUGUUUGAUGGAGAACUUGUCCAGCUGUUCAUUUCGGAUACAGAAGAUGAGGACUUGAGGAUUGAUCAAAAAAUAAUGUGAGUACAUCGAUAAAUACUUCAAUAAAGUACAACCAAACUCAGUUUUGGUCCCGCUGCCUUUUUAAAA